AGAACUCAACUAAUCUGUCAUUUUCUAAUCUUUUCUCAAUGAUGAUAAAUCAGCAGACAAAAGUCCACACAGUAUUUGAAGUUGACCUUCUCUAACUUCUAACAAUUUAACUCAUAAACAGCCUUUGGUUUUGAUCUUGAGAGUAUGAAGCUCAAGACUUCCUUUUUACCGGUGUUCUUAGUUUCCCUCGUAGCCUUAGAUUCUCUUUCUGCACAAGAGAUCUGCUUCAAUGGAUUCUUUAAACCCAACUCUACUUACGACUUAAACCGUCGUCAACUCCUCUCUUCUCUUGCUUCUAAUGUCACAUCUAACAACGGUUUCUUCAGCUCCUCGAUCGGUCAAACCCCCAACAGAGUGUUCAUCAUUGGCAUGUGUAUCCCUGGAACCAAACCAGAGACUUGUUCAGAUUGCAUCAAAGGCGCAUCAGACCGCUUAUCGCAAAGCUGUCCUAACCAGACAGAAGCUUAUACAUGGCCAGAUUGUUGCAUGGUACGUUAUUCCAACGUUUCCUUCUCCGGAUCACUCCUCAUGGAACCAUCACAAGCUCUGUACAACACUGGAGAUAUCGGAGAUACUGAUGCUAAUAUGACGGUGUUCGAUAGAGUCUAUGAUGAGUUAAUGAUCCGUACAAUUACUGCAGCUUCAAACGGAUCAUCAUCCUUUGAGCAAAAGUAUUUCGCAGCUGAGGUCGCUUCGUUGACCAACUUAGAAACUAUGUACGCAAUGAUGCAAUGUACGCCUGAUGUUUCUUCAGGGGACUGUGAGUUUUGUCUCGAGAAAAGCGUCGGCGAGUAUUCUUCUUGUUGUCGCGGUAAACAAGGUGGUGCGGUUAUAAGACCGAGUUGCUUUUUCCGGUGGGAUUUGUAUCCUUAUGCUGGAGCUUUUGAUAAUGUUACAUUGCCACCGGCUCGACCGCAGGCUUCAUCUCCGCCACCGCCUUCUUUGAGUCCUCCCGUAAGCGAUACGGCAAAUACAACCGGCAAAGAUCGAAAGAUUAUUUCAACAGGUAUUAUUGUGGCAAUUGUUGUCCCUGCCGUCAUUAUGUUGGUACUACUAGUUGUAGGAUUCAUGGUUUGCAGGAAAAGGAAGUUAUACCAAACAAAUGAAGUUCGAGCUGGUGAUGAGAUCACAACAACACGCUCACUGCAAUUUAGUUUUAAAAUGAUUAAAGAUGCAACUGAUACGUUUGCAGACAGUAAUCUGAUUGGCCGAGGUGGAUUUGGUGAAGUUUACAAGGGAACUCUUUCAACUGGAACUGAAGUAGCUGUGAAGAGACUAUCGAAAUCAUCAGGACAGGGUGCUCAUGAGUUCAAGAACGAAGCCGUUCUUGUGACAAAGCUUCAGCAUAGGAAUCUGGUUAGGCUUCUAGGCUUCUGUUUGGAAGGAGAAGAAAAGAUACUUGUCUACGAAUUUGUACCGAACAAAAGCCUCGACUAUUUUCUCUUUGAUCUUGCAAAGCAAAGCGAACUAGACUGGACAAGACGUUACAACAUUAUUGGAGGGAUUUCUCGAGGGAUCCUAUAUCUUCAUCAAGAUUCACGGCUUACAAUCAUACACCGUGAUCUCAAGGCGAGUAACAUUCUCUUAGAUGCUGAUAUGAAUCCCAAGAUUGCAGAUUUUGGCAUGGCAAGGAUUUUUGGAGUUGAUCAAAGUCAAGCCGACACAAGAAGAAUUGUUGGAACAUAUGGUUAUAUGUCUCCGGAAUACGCGAUGCGUGGCAAUUUCUCCAUGAAAUCUGAUGUCUAUAGCUUUGGAAUUUUGAUUCUGGAGGUCAUAAGUGGCAAAAAGAUUAGCAGUUUCAACCACACUGGUGACUCUGGUGGCAAUUUGGUCGCACAUGCUUGGAGGCUUUGGAGAAACGGAUCACCAUUAGAUCUUAUAGAUCCUACAAUAGGAGAGAGUUAUCAAAGCACUGAGGCUACUAGAUGCAUCCAUAUUGCACUAUUAUGCAUUCAAGAAGAUCCUGCAGAUCGUCCAUUGUUGCCAGAAAUCAUUGUGAUGCUCACUAGUAGCACAACUACUUUACCUGUGCCUAGAGCACCAGGAUUUUGCCUCCCAAGCAGGCAUGAACUAGACACUGAUGGCUUGGAGUCUACCCAAUCUACAAGCAGGUCUAUUACUGGUUCUAUCAAUGAUGCAUCGAUUACAGAUUUCUAUCCUCGUUGAAGAAGUUUUUUUUUUUUUGAUAUUUGAAAUGUAAUGAAUUGGAAGUAUAUAUCAAAUAUUCUCUAGUUCUUGUCUCUGUUUUACUUUUAUCUGACAUAAACAGUAAUAUAUCAUAUACAUGUUACAUAUA